AUGGCCACCACCACUCCUUGCAUCCUCCAAGUCACCCCUUCAUAUGCAGCCACACAGGGCAAUGAGUUCAACUUCAGUGGCCUGUACCUGUACCACACGUACAAAGGCCCUAACGCCAACCAGGUGGAAACCAUAGUGAGACACCAGUUUGGCACAUUGGCCGUUAACAACUGGGUUAUUCGUGAUAGCCUCUCAGGUUCCGCUGAAGUCAUUGCGCGUACCCAGGGCCUGCAUGUCAAUGCCGGUGACUGGCAUAACUCCUUCAGCCUAGUGUUCGAGGAUGAAGGAGCAUUAUUGUUGCCACAAAGAUUGGUCCAUGGGGUGGAAACGGAGGGUCUGCUCAAGACAUCACAGAGCCACCAAAGUGCCUGGAGAGCAUCACAAUUAGCAGCGGUUCGGUUGUUGAUUCCAUUGCGUUUUCUUAUGUUGAUCAAGCUGGUCAGACGCACACUGCAGACCGAGCUCUCAGACUCUGAGUUCGUGAAGGAAGUUUUUGGAACUUUCGCCAUGUAUGUGGGAGUAGUCAAUGUCAUAAACUCAAUUAAGCUUGUCACCAACGUGAAGACGUACGGUCCUUUCGGUCAGGAGACCGGGACCUUAUUCAGUGUCCCUGUGCAGGGCAACAGUGGUGUGGCUAGCUUCUUCGGGCGCAGCGGCAAGUUCCUGGAUGCUAUUGGUGUCUACGUGCAUCCGCUCUGA